AACAUGGCGAUCAAAUUCAGGUCCUUAAUUUUGUGCCUUGUGGCGGUAAUAGCAAUGUUGAUGAUAGGGCUCCUGCCCCGAGGAACCCAAGGAGUUGUGUUGUGCAACACCGACACGACGAAGCUGAGCUUGUGCCGUCCGGCGGUUACUGGGCCGCACCCUCCGCCGCCCACGGAGGCCUGUUGUGCCGUUGGUCGGCAUGCCGAUCUGGCUUGCCUCUGCAAGUACAAGUCGGUGCUUCCUGCACUAGGGAUUGACCCCAAGAAAGUCAUGGCUUUGCCUGCUAAGUGUGGUGGCACCGCUCCUCCCCAAUGCAAAGGGAAUUGAAGGUAUUCGUUAACUUGGUGAUUAGCUUGCCCAAGCUCAAGAACUUCCUCAAAUUAAAGUUUAAGGAUUAUUCUGCCCUUUUGCUUAAAAAUAAAUUAAUAUUAUAUUGUUAAUCAGUUCGCCAAAUAAAUUAAUAAAUUAAUAUCAAAAUAAUUAUUUGCUGUCAUUUUUAUAUUGGCCACGUAUUUGGUGUAUGUUAAUUGAAAAUUGCAAAUGAGUGUCUGCUCUUGUUGCAAUACUUUUUACGUU